AUGGAUUCAGUGGUGCUCUUCGAAAUCAUCUUAAGAAUUCACACAGGGGAGAAUCCUUUUGAAUGCUUAGAGUGUGGGGAAAAAUUCAGUUCCCUUUCCAACCUUCAAAAUCAUCUAAGAACCCACACAGGGGAGAACCCUUUUGAAUGCCAGAGUUUUGUGGAAAGCCAGGAGUGUGGGUGCCUUCCCAACCCCCUGAGGCAGACCAUUCCUGGGGGCCCUUACCGAGAAGCAGAUGUAGAGGAGACAGCUGGGGAAUUCCAGGGGUUCUCUUUGGAAAAAGCCAAGAAUGAAGAUGCUGAAGGACACUAUGGAGAUGGACCACAGAGGCAGGAGGGAAGCCAUGCAGCAGGAAAUGAUCAGAGGAAUGAAGAAGAUGAGGAACUGGUCCAUUUACGAAUGCACAGUGGAAAGAAGACCCAUCAAUGUCGGAGUGGACAUCUUCAAAAACAUUUAAGAACCCACACAGGGGAGAAGCCUUUUGAAUGCUCAAAAUGUGGGAAGAGAUUCAGUUGCAGUGGCCAUCUUCAGAAGCAUCUAAGAACCCACACAGGGGAGAAGCCUUUUGAAUGCACAGAGUGCGGGAAGAGAUUCAAUUGCAGUGGCCAUCUUCAAAAACAUGUAAGAACCCACACAGGAGAGAAGCGUUUUGAAUGCUCAGAGUGUGGGAAGCGAUGCAGUCACAGUGGUGAUCUUCAAAAACAUGUAAGAACCCACACAGGGGAGAAGCCUUUUGAAUGCUCAGAGUGUGGGAAGAGAUUCAAUUGCAGUUCCAGUCUUCAAAAGCAUCUUAGAAUCCACACAGGAGUGAAGCCUUUUGAAUGUUCAGAGUGUGGGAAGGGAUUCAGUCAGAGUGUUCAUCUUCAGCAGCAUCUACGAACCCACACAGGGGAGAAGCCUUUUGAAUGCUCAGAGUGUGGGAAGAGAUUCAGUCAGAGUGGUGCUCUUCAACUGCAUGCAAGAACCCACACAGGGGAGAAGCCUUUUGAAUGCUCAGAGUGUGGGAAGAGAUUCAGUUGCAGUUCCAGUCUUCAAAAGCAUCUAAGAAUCCACACAGGAGAGAAGCCCUUUGAAUGCCCAGAGUGUAAAAAGAGAUUUCGUCAGUGUGGCAGUUUUCAAAAGCAUCUAAGAAGCCACACAAAAAGAAACCAUGUAACUGCUUAGUUCGGAGGUGACAACCUCAUUUGUUACGAGGGCCAGAUGUGACAAAAUGUAAUGCCUGGUACCAGAGAUAAUAAACUUCAGAAAAGACACAGGGAAACCUAAUUAACAAUGUAAUUUUUUACUAAAAAUACAAACAUGCUUAAAACAUUUCUUUAACAUUCUUUGAUAACUGACCCCUCUUGCUCUGAAUUAUUGCAUCGAAAUCUGGAGUCAGUGUCUGAGCUGCAGCAAUUUUAAGUAUGCUGUUCAGGUGUGUAUCUGUAAGCUGAGAACAUACUUUUGAUUUAUGGGCAUUUAUUGCAGAAAA